UAUUUGUAUACCAUUUUCCAAUAAAAUUACCCUAUUUUAAAAACUUCUUAAACGUAAGUUUAGUUAGAAGUUUUCCCCUCUAAAUAUAACAUAUUUUCAAAGCUUAAUCAUUUUCAUAUGUUUAUCCUACCAUUUUCAUUUAUUACCACACAUUAAUUAACUUAAAAAAACUUCCAGAUUGGGUAUUAACUAAUCAUCCACAGAAAAGAUAAUACAAACGUUCUAUUGGAAGGCUUACUGUAAAAGAGGUUUUAGAAAACCAGAUUUUUCUUACUUUAGAAAGAAAAAAAUUCUUCUUUUUGUUGUGUUGUAAAAAAUAAAACUUACUGAGUUGAAGUUUAUAAAAGUUAACAGUAUUAAUUUGAAUUUCUUCGAAGCACUUUUUAGAAUAAAAAUCUGUCAGUAUUUCUCUAAUUAUAAUUACAUAUCCAGAUGUUGCUUUGUGAACGAACCAAAUAUCUCAACUAUGAAAAUAAGAGGAAAAGUAUCAUAAGAUAAUUUAGUAGUUAAAAUAUCAGAAAUGUAGUAUUCAAUUUUGCCGGAUUUCAUAUAAAAGCUAGAUUUUGCACCACUAUAUGUAAAAUAAAAAAUUAUCAAAGUUGAGCUAUUUUUUCUUUCUUAUUAUGACUGUUUCAGAUCUUGACAAUCAACCCUCAGAUUAUAUAUAUAAAGACAUGCUGAUCACUGUCCACACCCUCUCAAUUUCUGACAUAUUCGCAUUUGUUUCUGUAGAAAGUGUUGUUAAGAAUGGCUUCAAACGACGAUCUUGAAUUUUCUUUCGAAGCCAAUUCCUUCUUGGAUUCACUAGAAACUUUUAAUGCUGUCACGCAGCAUCAGGAAAAUCCUUCGUUGUUGGCUUUUCAACAUGAGCACCGUGAGAUGGUUCCAUAUGUCCAUGUCUCUGCUGCCACAAAUGAUGUAUAUCCACCAUCAUUGAUAGAAAAUCCGAACACUGAUCAAGAGACAUUAACAAGAAAUCCAAGCUUUGAUCAAGAGAGGGUAACACAAAAUCAAAGCUUCCGUCAUGUGGACGAUUAUUCUAGAUCUAUCAAUGCAUUACAGUUAUCUCCCAACGUGCCAUUAUGUACAUUCCCAAAUGGCCAAAGAGAAAGUGUCUACAGUGGAAACUGUUUGCUAACCUCGGCCAAUAACGCGAUGAUGAGCACUGGACUACAAUCAGUUGGUUCACAACAUGGAUACGUAAACCAAAGCUAUCAACAACCUUUGAUGUCGCAAACAAAUCACCACCUCUUUAACGAUCCAUAUGUUUCACAAAUGAUGGAAAGUAAUGCACAACAAGUGGAGAGAGCUAAUGGACUUACAAAUUCCAAUCCUAUUUAUGGCCUUCGAGAUCAUCGCGUUCCUCCUUUUGGAUGCAGCUUUCAGGGAGAACGGCAUAAUCUCGACUCAAUAGUUGAACAACUCAAGCAUAUUCCUGGAAAUGAUCAGAUGCAACAACCUGAAACGUCCAACAGGCAUAUUCCGCCAUACGUGGAGGCUUUGCAAAGCAAUCAACUCCAGAUUCCUUAUGUGUCGUCUGCAAAUACUAUACCUAAUCCAGAGUAUCGUACUCCCAUGAUUUCAAACAACCAAGUCCUACAAACGCCGGAAAACUAUCCAACCUUUGCGCAGACGCCAUAUCAACCUGAUCCACUUGCUUUUAAUUUCCAAAAUUCAAGCUCAGUUAAAACUACUCGUCGAGCCCGGGGGAGGCCGAGGAAAAAUCAAAUUCCGUUGCCUUUGGUACCUACAACUCAAACGAUUUUAACCUCUCCCAGACAUUAUGGCACACAAGAUAAGGGAAAACAACCUAUUACAGCAAGGCCGCCUCUUAAUCCAAGUCUCUACGAUCAAUGUCAAAAUUCAUACACAAACACAAUGAUCCAGCAAAGUGGAGUUAUGAGGCAACGUAGUAUUUAUGAUCAUCAACUCGAAAAUGAAUGCUCAUCUUUUAAAACAAGGAGGAUCAUGGUCCCAUUUAAAGAGAAAUCUAUAGCAGAUUCAUCAACGGCUUCCUUUUGGCAAGAUGGAAAUUUGCGUUCAUCAAGUGCUGCAGGCAGUAACCAUGAAGAGAGGCCCAUAAAAAAUACAAUGUAUGAUCCAUUGUACGCAGGUGUUGGAUUACCCAUUGAUCCUCAUCUGAGGCUCUUUUAGUUAACUUUAUUGAAAUGGACAACAUAUUUUGCAUGUUUGAAGAAUUCAUUAUGAUGGAAAAGUAUUUCGAGACCAUCCCUCCAGAUCAACCAGCUAGAAUAUAUACAAUAGUUUGUAAUCUAGUGGUUUAUAAUAGUAUUGUCAACAUAUCACUAUCAAAAUUUACAUUCGGUAGUGGGCGAUUUGUAGAAAGCAUGCAUGUACUAAAUAGAACUAGCUAUAAUAUAAAAAUCUGAAGUAAUUUACCAGCGUUAUUGUGUGUGCAUGGUCUUAAUAUAUGAUACUCUAAUUUAUGGAUAUACGAGUAAACAAAAAGAAGAAAUUAUAGUCUUCAAGGUAAGAAAUGGCCGGAGCAACAAUGAUGGGUCGAUAAAGAUCCAACUAAACAAUAGAAUGGACCCUAGAAGAAAUUAUAGUCUCUCAUGCGGUGGUCCUUCGUUAUCCAAAAAAAAAUACGAAAGACUAAUGUGAUCAAUAAUCCGACAAGUAGUUUGUACUAAUUAAAAAAGUACUAU